UAGAGAAACAAGGAUGGAGAGAGACAGAGCGUCCACGAUUAACCUUCAACUAGUUUCAACUGGUUCAACAAAGCUUGAUCUUGUUGUGCAACUCUCAAGCCACCAAAGUUCCUAAAGCAAACAAGAAUGGCUACCAUGCUGUUCUCUGCUUCUUUAAAUGGCCUUUCUCGAACAAAAAUGAAUCUAACUUCUUAUCCUCUAUGGCCUUCGAUGUCUUUAUCGAUCCCAUCCUUCAAAACCUCGAUGGGCUCCUCCAAAUCAGACAUUUUUCAGAACGGGCUCUCUCUACAACAACCAACUAUUGCUGGGUUCCUUGUGAAAUCUCGUUCUUUGGCAGUUAACGCCAGAGCGGCUACGGAUAAGACUAUCUAUGAUUUCACUGUCAAAGAUAUUGACGAGAAGGAUGUUUCUCUUAGCAAGUUUAAGAAGAAGGUUCUCUUAAUUGUUAAUGUUGCCUCAAAAUGUGGUUUGACGACUGCAAAUUACUCAGAACUGUCUCACAUAUAUGAAAAGUACAAAACUCAAGGAUUUGAGAUUCUGGCUUUCCCUUGCAAUCAGUUUGGUGGGCAAGAGCCAGGAUCAAACCCAGACAUCAAGCAGUUUGCAUGUACGAGGUUUAAAGCAGAAUUUCCAAUUUUCGAUAAGGUUGAUGUCAAUGGACCAAAUACAGCUCCAGUCUACCAGUUCCUGAAAUCAAGUGCUGGAGGAUUUUUGGGUGAUCUUGUCAAGUGGAAUUUUGAGAAGUUCUUGGUUGACAAAAAGGGUAAAGUUGUCGAAAGAUACCCACCGACAAUAUCACCUUUUCAAAUUGAGAAGGAUAUCCAACGGCUCCUUGCUGCUUGAACUGAUGAACAUAGAGCUGCAGAGGCAUAUAUUGAUCAUCAGCUAUGCUAGGGGUAAGAGGAAUGUAUGGAGUAUACAUAACACGCGGUUUUAGCUUCCAUGUAAAGUUAUUUCGUGAUUCAUAAUUAUAAUAUUGCUUUCUUCCUUA